CAAGAACUAAAAGGCUUAUAGUAUAUAAAAACAGAAGGGUUCUAUGGUUUUUGGUUUCUUUGGGUUGUGAGAGAGAGAGAGAGAGUGAGAGUGCUUAGCUAAGGAGAGAGUUGUCUGCUUCUUCUUGUUGUUUGAUCUUCAGCUUUUUCAUGCAUGCACAUUUAAAGGGCUUCUGGGUUUUGCUUCUGGUUCUGCUUCAGCCAUGGUGGUGAUCUUCAUGGAGGCUCCAAAUGCUAAUCUGGGCCUGCAAAUUUCUCAGAGUUUGAUCCACCAGUUUGAGCUUGUAUGUAUCUGCGUUCUUCCCUAUCACUCUGUUUUUAGCUCCAUGGUGAAACAAAAUCACUGCUUUUCCCAAUGAGCUUUCUUUGAACGUUUUGGAAUCCGAUGAUCUUGUUCUUGUAGGAAUUUAUUCUUUGAUUAGUCUCAAAUUCUUUCAUUCUUUUCUGGGGUUGGGUUCUUAGCAUAUACUCUGAUUGUUUCUUUGAUUCUUUCUUGCAUAAAAAUACACAUAUAGGAACACUCAAACUUAUACACACCUUUUGAUUGAUUUAUUCACUCAUCGGAUUCCUAUUGUUUUUAUUCAGAUUUUUCUGUAGAAAUAUUCUUUCACACACUCACAUAUAGUUUCACAUAGUCUAUCUCUCUGGAUUUCUCUUUCAAUCACAUAUUCAUUCAAAGAUCAUAGAAAUUCUCUGCACAAAACACCAUUCUUUCACAUUUUUAAGCUGUAGAAACCCAAAAGAAGAGAUAGCUAGGGAGUUAAAGAAGAAAGAAAGAAAAACACAUUGGGUGGGUGAAUAUUAGUUGCACAAACAUUAACCAAGAUAAAAACCAAAAUUGGAACAUCAUAGAGGAUGUUGGCUGGGUGCUCUAGUUCCACAUUGUUGUCACCAAGGCAUAGAUUGAGGAGUGAAGCAGCAGCACAGUUACAAGCUUGCCAUUUCCAGUUACCAGCAAUGAGCACACAGAGAUUGGACUUACCAUGCAGCUUUCCUCGGAAAGACACCUCUAGGUCACAACCCAUUAGGCCUGUGGGGCUUUCGGUGGAGAAAUCGAUCGAUUCGAAGACCAGCAGUUGUUCUCUGAAGCAGAGCAUCAGGCUGCCUCCUCUGGCUACCAGCGGUCCUGUGACAAGUGCAGCUCAGACGGCGGCGUUUGUGGAGGCGAGAAAGGAGGUUAAUGAUCAGUUUUGGGAGAAGAAGAGAGGUAAGAGCUUGAAGAGGUUUGCAGAGCGGGGCUCAGUGGAUGAUGAUGAGUCUUGCAUAAACAGAGCAAAGAGAAAAAAGGGUUGCUUUGAUAAUGGCAAAGGGGAUGAAGGUGGUGAUGGUUUGAGUUUAGGCCAAUUGGGUGCUGGGAAUUUUUGGUUUCAGCCUGAUUUCCAUGUGCCUCGGUCAGUUCAGUCAAUCACCACAGGCCUUGAUCCUCCUCCUGAACUUCCAUUCUCUUUGACAUGCUCAGGAGAUGAAGAGAGGGUUUGUUAUGUUCCAGCUGAAGCCAUUUCACAGCCUUUGCCAUUGUCAAACAAUCCUUGGUUGGAUUCAAUUGUGACUGAGAUCACUGACCUUGGCGAGAAGGACGCCGAAACUAGGCGUGGACUGGGAAGGGAAGCAUCAGCAGCAGCAUCGAGCGCUUCGUCGGAUAGCCAAAGCUUGGGUUUGAGGCUAAAUGAGAGUGCCUCUGAACAUGAAGCUGGUAAUGGGUCUAGAGAUCCUUAUAUCCCACAUGGAGGUGCAGGGGUUGAGGCAGAGGAUGAUGAUGAUGAUGAGAGUGAAGGAGAGCACCAGGAUUUUGAGCUUGUUAGCUUGCUUACGGCUUGUGUGGAGGCAAUUGGGUUGAAGAACAUUGCAGCAAUUAACCAUUUCAUAGCUAAGUUGGGGGAACUUGCUUCUCCAAGAGGAACCACCAUAAGCCGGCUUACGGCCUAUUACACUGAAGCUUUAGCUCUGAGAGUCACUAGGCUUUGGCCACAUGUGUUUCAGAUCACUCCUCCUAGAGAGUUUGAUAGAGGAGAUGAUGACUCUGGCAUUGCACUGAGGCUUCUAAACCAGGUUAGCCCAAUUCCAAAGUUUCUUCAUUUUACCUCAAAUGAGAUACUUCUGAGAGCUUUUGAAGGGAAGGACAGGGUUCACAUCAUAGAUUUCGACAUCAAGCAAGGGCUGCAGUGGCCUAGUUUGUUCCAGAGUUUAGCUUCUAGGGCCAAUCCACCAAGCCACAUUAGGAUCACUGGUAUAGGGGAGUCGAAGCAAGAGCUCAACGAGACAGGAGAUAGGCUUGCUGGAUUUGCUGGGGCAUUGAACCUGCCCUUCGAGUUCCACCCCGUUGUGGACAGGUUGGAAGAUGUGAGGCUUUGGAUGCUUCAUGUGAAGGAGCAAGAAAGUGUGGCAGUGAAUUGUGUUUUCCAACUGCACAAGACUCUUUAUGACGGGACUGGAGGAGCUCUGAGAGAUUUUUUGGGACUCAUCCGAAGCACAAACCCGACAAUAGUCCUCAUGGCAGAGCAAGAGGCUGAGCACAAUGAGCCUAGGCUGGAGGCAAGAGUCUCCAACUCAUUGAAGCACUACUCUGCCAUAUUUGACUUGAUUAGUUCUAGCCUUCCUUCGGAGAGCCAGGCCAGGAUCAAAGUGGAGGAGAUGUUUGCACGCGAAAUCAGGAACGUCAUUGCUUGCGAAGGAAGCGAUAGGUUGGAGAGGCACGAGAGCUUUGAGAAGUGGAGGAAGCUGAUGGAGCAAGGAGGGUUUCGAUGCAUGGGGAUAACGGAGAGGGAAAUGCUUCAGAGCCAGUUUCUGUUGAAGAUGUAUGCUGGUGAGAAUUACAAUGUGAAGAAGCAAGGACAAGAUGGAGCAGCAGCAGUUACUCUAGGUUGGAUGGAUCAGCCUCUAUACACAGUUUCAGCAUGGACACCAGUUGAUGUUGCAGGCAGCUCAUCGUCAUUUUCGCAACCAAGUUAAAUAGCCGCGGAUUUUAGUUUCUUCAUACAAAAAUUUCAUUCCAUUGUUGCAUACAGAAAAGAAAAGGGAUACAGAAUUCUUUGUAGGUAGGGGAAAUCUGUCAUUAGUAUUAUUCUUUCAUUCUUUCCUUGCAGAUAUAAGAUCGUCAGUCCGGUAGAGUCAGAACCAUUUAUUUUGUAAGAAGAAGAAAAAAAGUGACUAGGUUGAUAUUUUGAUUUCAAUUCUUUGCAGUCAGUGUUCUUUAGAAUUAAGUCAUUCUGAGUCAACUUGUGUUUAUUCUUUCAUUCUUUUAUAUGUAAGUUGAAAUUCUUUGUAAGUCAGUCAAGUCAUGUUAUCUAUUUAAUCUUUUGUUGUACUGGUAAUAAUGGACCAUGUAGCUGGAAAUUCCAUUGUCAUAUAUAAUAUGGUUGUUUUUGCUC